CGCGGUCGUCCACUUUGAGUUCAUCAAGCAACGAUCGAACAUCAUCUCUCGUCUGGAACUGAGGCCCUUGCUCUGGAAGCAACGCUAAAAUUCAGCGAAAAAUUACGAAAGUGUAGCAAGAAAACCUGUCGAGAAUUUCUUCCAAAGAGGCCUGUACGAAGUAAGCAAAAGAUCAAAAUGGUGUCUGCUGGAUUGGACGAAAGCAAGGUGGAUUUCGAGCACCUGGAGGAGGAGGAGUGCGGCUCGGAUGAUUCGGACUCGGCCGAAGUUCCGGCGGGGACGCUGUCGUCCAAGUUUGACCGGACGGACACGUCGAUCAACACGCACCCGUUGCCGCAUGGACGGUACACGCUGAUCGGGAUCGACAUCGAUACGACCGGCCGCCGGCUGAUCGACGAGAUCGUGCAGAUCUCGGCGUACACUCCGGAGCACCAGCACUCGCAGUACGUCAUGCCGCUGAUGAACCUGAAUCCGGCCGCCCGGCAGCGGCACCAGGUUCGCGUCAUUACGGUGGGUUUCUUCCGGAUGCUGAAGAGCAUGCAGACGUACCGGGUGGUGAAGACGAAGACGGAAGUGUCCGCGUUGAACGAGUUCAUCACGUGGCUUGAGGAGAGGCUGCGGGAGGAUGAGGGAUCUGAUGGGGUGGUGCUGAUCUACCACGAGCAGCGCAAGUUCGUGCCGUACAUGGUCAUCGAGGCGCUCAAGAAGUACGCCCUGCUGGACCGGUUCACCGCCACGGUCAAGUCGUUCGCGAACGGGUUCAAGCUGGCCGAGCAGAAGUGCACCAAGACGAUCAAGUACUUCUCGAUCCGGCAGCUGGCGGAUCUGGUCAUCGGCGAGGACGAGGCCAAGGGCGGAUUCGAGGGGAACGCGGCGUAUCGGGCCCGGCUCGCGUACCAAUUGGCGCGGAAGCUGGCCAACGAAGGCGCCACCCCUUUGCACAGCACGGACCUGACGGCUCCGGAGACCGACGACGGCAACAAAUCGGACACCACCACGGAGGCCGACACCGAGAGCGGUGCCGAAAAUCCGAAGCCCCAGCGCAAGAGCUGCGCCAGCAGCGUGGACGAGAACAAUAACGAGGUCGUCGCGACCUCGGACGAUGAACAAACAUCGCAACAGCAGCAGCAGGACCAAUCCACCGUCCUCGACAGCUCCGUGACGGUCGAAGUGGACGACGUCACCGGACAGCUGACGACGGUGCCGGAACCGCAGCCCCGCUCCCGGCCCACGACGGAAGCCGAGCGGGAGCAGAUGUGCACGGUGCUGUGCGAGCUGGCCUCGCCCAUCUCGUGCGAAAUCGGCGAACUCGACGAGCAGGAGAAGAUCCUGCUGCGCCAGAACUCGCUGCGGCCGGUCUUCCUGCAGUACUUCAAGACGACCAUCUACCACAGAGUUAAGGCUGUAACGUACCGACGAGUGCUGGCCGAGUACGGGCACGACUUUGAGUCGCUGCGGCAAAUCUGGACGGAGAGCAAGCGCGAGGGCCUGGAGCAGGUGAUUGCGAAGCUCACCGAGCUGAAGGAGGAGGAACGCACCGAGCUGUGCGAGCUGCUCGACUGCCACUACGAUCCGGACAAGCAACAGCUGAAGCCGGUCGUGAAGCGCGUGCGACGUCGCACCUCCAGAGGUCGCCUGUUCUUCGCCAACAAGAACAGCAACACGAACAACAACAACAGCUUCGCGAACAACAGCAACGUCAGCAACAAGGAGAACCGCAAACCCAACGGCGGCCCUGGAGGACGUAACAACAACAACAACAACGCGAACCAGAAGAACUUCAACCAGCAGCAGCAGCAGCAACCGUCCUCGCCGACCGGAAACAAAAAGUUCCGUCAGCGUCAGCCGAGACGUCGUCGCAACAAUAACAACAACAACAACAACACCAUGGACAAGCAGAAUGAUCCCAACUUUAACCAGCCACCGAUCAUUCAGGCUAGCGCCUAAAGUUUGCCAACUUGAUAGUUAAGGAGAAAACUCGCCUAAUUUGAAUUUGAUUCCAAGUUUUCCUUUUUUAUUAGUAAGCACUGAUUAGUAGUUUUUAUCAACGCGAGAGAGAGCGCAAAUCAGCCAUCGGCUGCGAUGAGAGAACGAGAGAGAGA